AUGGCCGCGAAGUCGGACGGCGGCGGCGGCCCGGCCGUGCGGCUGGAGAGCCCGGGCGGCGGCGGCGGCGGCGGCGGCGGCGGGGGCGGGGGGCGGCGGGCGGGCGGCGCGGCCCCCCCGGCGCGGCGCUACCGGCUGCGGGACGGCUGCUGGGUGCUCUGCGCCCUGCUCGUCUGCUUCGCGGACGGCGCCUCGGACCUGUGGCUGGCGGCCCACUACUACGUGCGGGGGCAGCGCUGGUGGUUCGGGCUGACGCUGCUCUUCGUGCUGCUGCCCUCGCUCGUGGUGCAGCUGCUCAGCUUCAGGUGGUUCGUCUACGACUUCGCCGCCAGCACCAAGGACAGCGCCGGCGGCACCAAGGACAGCGCCCGCGGCCCCCGCGGCUGCUGCCGCCUCUGCGUCUGGCUGCUGCAGGGCCUCAUCCACCUGCUGCAGCUGGGGCAGGUCUGGAGGUACCUCCGCACCCUGUACCUGGGGCUGCAGAGCCGGUGGCAGACGGAGCAUCGCCGCCGCCACUUCUACUGGCGCAUGAUGUUCGAGAGCGCGGACAUCAGCAUGCUGCGGCUGCUGGAGACCUUCCUGAAGAGCGCGCCCCAGCUGGUGCUGCAGCUCAGCAUCAUGGUGCAGCAGAGCAGCAUCGAGCCGCUGCAGGGGCUCUCGGCCUCGGCCUCGCUCCUCUCCCUGGCCUGGAUGAUCGCCUCCUACCAGAAGGUGCUGCGGGACUCGCGGGAGGACAAGAUGCCCAUGUCCUACAAGGGGGCCGUGGUGCAGAUCCUGUGGCACCUCUUCACCAUCGCCGCCCGCGCCAUCGCCUUCGCCCUCUUCGCCUCCGUGUUCCAGCUCUACUUCGGCAUCUUUAUCGUCACCCACUGGUGCAUCAUGACCUUCUGGAUCAUCCAGGGCGAGACGGACUUCUGCAUGUCCAAGUGGGAGGAGAUCAUCUACAACAUGGUGGUGGGCAUCAUCUACAUCUUCUGCUGGUUCAACGUCAAGGAGGGACGGAGCCGCUACCGCAUGUGCAUCUACUACGUCAUCACGCUGUCGGAGAACGCCGCCCUCACCGUCCUCUGGUUCCUCUACUACGACCGCGAGACCACGUCCGACUUCGAUGCCUUAAUCCUCGUCUGCGUGGUCAGCUCCAGCUUCGCCCUCGGCGUCUUCUUCAUGUUCAUCUACUACUGCCUCUUGCACCCCAACGGCCCCAUGUUCGGCCCCCCCUCCGGCGGCUGCAUUUUCCAGGAGCCGCCGGCGCCGGCCCCGGGGCCGCCCGCGGACGUGGUCACCAGCCCCCCGCGCUCGCUGCCGCGGACUACAGGGGGGGAGCGGGAAGGGGCGCCGGGGGACCGGGACAGCUGCCUGCCCGUCUUCCAGGUGCGGCCCUGCGCCCCGCCGCCGCCGGCCGCCCGCGCCCCGCGGACAGAAGGGCCCGUCAUCCGCAUAGACCUGCCCAGGAAGAAGUACCCGGCCUGGGACGCCCACUUCAUCGACAGGCGCCUGCGCAAGACCAUCCUGGCGCUGGAGUACGCGUCGCCCACCACGCCGCGCCUGCAGUACCGCACGCCCGGCGCCCCGCACGAGCUGCUGGAGUACGAGACCACCGUGUAGGGCGGGGGGCCGCCGGGGGCAGGCGGGCCGUGCCGGAGGGGCAGUCCCAUUUCUUAGCGUUUUUGCCUUUUUUCUGUUCGCCAGCGCUGAGGCGCCCUUGGUGCUACCGCCCCCCGCGCCCUGCUCCCGCGGGGCCCGCGGCUGAGGCCCGGCGGCCUCGUCACACCCCACGGCGGCCCCGGGGCGGCCAGCGCGGCCGCCACGCCGAGGGCUCGUCCCCGCGGAAAUACCUCACCUGUGCCUGAGCCGGAGCAGAAACCGCGGGCUGGGGCGGCCGGCGGUGCAGGACGGGGCCGGGCGCCGCGGGGCCAGCGGUGCCCGGCACCGGCGAGGGGCUCCGGGCCGGGCUGGGGCAGCCCCGUGCCGCACGGCGGGGACGCGCCGGGGUCCCCAGCGCGGUGCUGGGCGGCGGGAGCACGCUGGGCUCCCGUGCGUGCCCGGGGGGGGCCUGGGCACGGGGCAUCCCGGAGGGGCAGCACCCAUGGGUGCCACCGCUGCCCAGGACCCAGCUCCAAGCCCGCACCGGGACCGGGACGCUGGUGCGGGGCUGCACGGGGGG